AUGGCAAUCACCAAAAAAUGUGAAACUCCUAGUCCAUGUAAAAAAGCCACAAAAUUCUGUUUGCUGAAGGGAGCAUGGCCUAAAAAAGUUCUCUUCGCCGAAGAUGGCAAGGAUUUUGUUGAUUUUCUCUUCACCCUUCUGUGUCUACCUGUCGGCACUGUGAUCGGGCUCCUCUCUAGAAAACGCAAGGUCGGUUGUUUAGGCAAACUCUACGGCAGCUUACAAAACUUAAACGACACAUACUUGCAACCCAACCUCAACAAGGAUGUCCUUCUAAAACCUAAGAAGCUGCCAAUGCCAAUUGGUGGCGCCCAUCAACUUCUUCCUGCUUGA